GGAUGAUGAGUCCUAAUACUGGAAUAUUAUCGUUUGCACCAACAAACAAGCGAAGAUCACAACAAUUAGAAAUUGUUUUACAAACUUCGUCAUAUCGAACGGGAGAUGUGCAUCCCGUGUCUAUACGUAGCGUAGGACGGAAGAUUGAGUCGAUAUCACGAAGACGAAUAAGAGCUCGGCGUUGGAGCAAAACAGCUCAACAGAGUCUUUUUAAGUUUCAUACUAUCUCAGAAUGGUUUUCUGAAUUGUGACGUAGAUCAUCUUUAGAACAGUCUUCGAUAUUUUUCUUGGAAUACUUGGACUGUCUUGCAGGUCAACUUCUAUGUUUGUAUGAAAUAAGAAAAGGAAUUCAACAAUUGAAAUUCACAUCAAUCAAAUAGACAUAGUGAGACAUCAAAGUGAUAGAAACAAAUUUAUCCAUAAUGAAUACUUUUUGCACAUUUUUGUGAGGAAACUUGUUCUAUCGAAUUCAUGUUCCGAAAUCGCUCAAGUUUAAAAUUCAAGAAUUUGUAAUGUUGAUAUAAAUCUUCAAAUACCAUUGGUUCAAUUAUUGUCGUCUCUCAAAUAAAUUUUUGGUGCAAGUGAAAGCUUUUUAUACAAAAGUAAAAUAUUGAAUGAACUCGAGCAAUGUUGUCGUUAGGGAGAAUUUAUAAGUGUCAAAUUGCCAUAAACUCCGAGAAUUAUCA